AUGGCUCAAAGGACAUCACCGUUCGAUUUGCAGAAAUGUGCCCGCCCUAACAUCUUACAAUUGCAGCCUUACCGGUGCGCCAGAGAUGACUACAAAGACGAUGGGACGAACGUUCUCCUCGACGCAAAUGAGAAUGCCUAUGGCCCCGGACUGGCCUUGAACAGUGAGGGUGCCUUGCAGACGCCGCAGACUGGUGGUGCGACAGGCGCAUCUAAGCCUGAGAUUGACUUUCUCGGCUUGAACCGAUACCCUGAUCCUCACCAGAUCGAAUUAAAGCAAUUGUUCUGCAACCUUCGCAAUACCCACCACCACACACAAAAGACCCUUCGCCCCGAGAAUAUGUUUGUCGGCGUUGGCUCGGACGAGGCGAUCGAUGCGCUACUCCGGUGCUUCUGUGUGCCUGGCAAGGAUAAGAUCCUUACCUGCCCGCCGACCUAUGGAAUGUAUAGCGUGAGCGCACAGGUCAAUGACAUUGAGAUUGUCAAGGUGCCGUUGGAUGUGACCAAUGGCUUCCAUCUGCAGCCAGAGAAGGUCAACGAGGCCCUCUCAGCAGACUCGUCAAUUAAGUUAGCCUAUAUCUGCUCGCCAGGGAACCCGACGGCCAACCUGAUCCGCAAGGCGGAUAUCCAGAAGGUGCUAGAGCACCCGACUUGGAACGGCGUGGUGGUGGUGGACGAAGCUUAUAUUGACUUUGCGCACGAGGGCGCCAGCUUGGCCGAGUGGGUGACCGAGUGGCCCAACCUUGUGGUGAUGCAGACGCUGAGCAAGGCCUUUGGACUGGCGGGCAUCCGGCUCGGUGUGGCCUAUAGCAGCCCUGAGAUUGCAUUGCUACUGAACAGCCUCAAGGCGCCGUACAACAUCUCCAGCCCGACCAGCGCGCUGGCCACGGCUGCUCUGACGGCCCCGAACAUGGCUGUCAUGCGCCAAUAUCGCGACCAGAUCGUCACUCAGCGCGACCGACUGCUCCGGGAGCUACCGCAGAUCCCCGGCGUGGGCCGGUUCCUUGGCGGCCAUGACUCGAACUUCUUGCUCGUGGAGAUGCUCGAUGCCGAGGGGCGUCCGAGCAAUGUCACCGCGCUCGCGGCCUACGAGGCGAUGGCCGAGAAGCGGGGGGUGGUGGUGCGUUUCCGGGGCAAGGAAUAUGGGUGUGAGGGCUGUCUGCGCAUUACAGUGGGCACGGAGGCGGAGGUCACCAAGUUCCUGCAGGAACUGCGGACGGUGCUGGCCGGGAUUCACGCCGGAGUCGGCAUUCAGUCGGUUCGGGAUUAA